AAAUCCCGCUGUCCGCAUUGCAGAUCCCGCGCCUUAAACCCCUCGUUGAGUCGGAUAAUUGUUAUGUAGAUUUCGGACCAGAGGUGUUUAAGGUUUUAAACGGACGAGCAAACGAGGAAGCAAGCAACGGAGCCUCUCUCUCUCUCUCUCUGCCUCGUGCCUCUGGCUUCUGUGAUGUUCUAGAGAGUCGCCAUGGACAUCUUCAACAAGCUCCGAAACUUGGAUGCCUACCCGAAGAUCAACGAGGAUUUCAAUAGCAGAACCCUCUCUGGAGGAGUCAUCACCCUUGCAUCCUCCAUCGUUAUGCUCUUGCUCUUCAUCUCCGAGCUCAGUUUAUACCUCCAUGCUGUUACUGAAACAGAGCUUGUGGUAGAUACUUCAAGAGCAGAAACAUUACGUAUUAAUUUUGACGUAACGUUUCCAGCUCUUGCAUGUUCUAUUCUGAGUGUUGAUGUGAUGGAUGUCAGUGGGGAGCAACAUCUUGAUGUAAAACAUGAUAUAAUCAAGAAAAGAAUAGAUGCUAAUGGGAAUGUAAUUGAAGCUAAGCAGGAUGGGAUCGGUGCACCCAAAAUUGAAAAGCCAUUACAGAGUCAUGGUGGCCGGCUUGAACACAAUGAGACAUACUGUGGUUCGUGUUAUGGUGCAGAAGAAUCAGAUGAUGAUUGCUGUAACUCAUGUGAAGAAGUCCGUGAAGCAUAUCGAAAGAAAGGUUGGGGUGUAUCAAAUCCAGAUUUGAUUGACCAGUGCAAAAGAGAAGGUUUCCUGCAAAGGAUUAAAGAAGAAGAAGGUGAAGGAUGUAAUUUAUAUGGAUUCUUGGAAGUUAAUAAGGUGGCUGGGAAUUUUCACUUCGCCCCGGGGAAAAGCUUCCAGCAAUCAAAUGUUCAUGUACAUGAUUUGUUGCCUUUCCAGAAAGAUAGUUUCAAUAUAAGUCACAAAAUCAAUAGGUUAUCUUUCGGAGAAUAUUUCCCAGGUGUUGUGAAUCCUCUUGAUGGGGUGCAGUGGAUGCAACAAAUACCAAGUGGAAUGUAUCAAUAUUUCAUUAAGGUGGUUCCUACUGUAUAUACUGACAUAAAUGGACAUACUAUCCAGUCAAACCAGCAUGUGUAUUUUUUGCAGUUCUCUGUAACAGAGCAUUUUAGGGGUGGAGAAUUUGGUCGUCCUUCAUCUCUUCCUGGAGUUUUCUUCUUUUAUGACUUAUCGCCAAUUAAGGUGACCUUCAGAGAGGAACAUGUAUCGCUCUUGCACUUCCUGACAAGUGUUUGUGCUAUAGUUGGAGGUGUUUUCACAGUUUCGGGAAUUGUAGACUCAUUCAUAUACCAUGGUCAAAGGGCAAUAAAAAAAAAGAUGGAACUUGGCAAAUUUAGCUGAUCUAUUGGCCAUUCUGGAAAUGAAUUGGAAUAUUCUGGUUGGUUUGCCUGUCAAAUAGCUUUUCAUGAGGAGCCAAUUGGGACCGAUUGGGCAGAUAAACAACUUGGAUGGACUUUUCUGGAGGGUCAAGUCGUGGCGAGCUUUUUGAUUCGCAACUUUGUUCAUGCCUCGGAAUAAGUUUGAUUAUUUAAUGAGGUUAAUUUUCUUCCUCCCCUUUCAGUUCAACUUUUUUUGUAAUCUAAAUGCUUAUGCGAAUACCCAUUGAGAAGUGCCAAUCAAGGAUAGAAGUUAGGAUUUCUCUGGAGGACCAAUUGUAACUGAGAGAUUGCAAAAAGC